CCAUCUAGCCUGACGCUGCCUGUGAGGAGCUCGAGCGCGACCGAGCAGGAGAGAGUGGCAGUGAACGUGUCUGCGGCAGCAUUUAGCGUUAAAAAACACAAACUACGGCUGAAGACGGGAGGACCGAGCCCCGCUGCGUUUCGCGACGACCUCGGCGGACCUCGGACUAUGAUACAUUUCAGACAGAGGCUGGUAACGGCGCGCUGUUUUGACGACAAGCGGGGUUAUUGAACAUCUGUAGAGCAUAAUGAGGGCAUCCGCUAUUCUUUACGGUGGUUUUUCCUCCGAGGUUUAGUCAGACGCAGAGUGACACUAUUUAUAAAUGCGUCGCUUUUAGACAUCCCUACGAAGGAACAGACGCACCGAGGGGACACAGCCUGCAGAAAUUUAGUUAAUUCCCUCCUCCCAUGGCCCCUGGGGAACAGUGAAGUCAUUUGAGAAGUCACCGGAGAAGAAGACACGUCUUAAUCAUCUCGAUAGCUUUCAGUGGAGAUAACGGCUAAGAAAAAACAAAUAACGGCUUUCCCUUCCAUCGGCGCGCACGAGACUCCCCCUGCUUCCUCGCCUGUUUUUUUAUUUUUAUUUUUAAGUCUUACAUGGUUUUGUCUUUCUGAGCAUUCAUCGCCAACCCUCCUGUGGGCAUUUUUUCCCCCCGUUAAAGGAUGCCGGAUCAAAUAUCGGUGUCCGAGUUUCUCUCGGAGACAACUGAGGAUUACAAUUCCCCGACAACAUCCAGCUUCACCACCCGACUGCAGAGCUGCAGGAACACAGUGAAUGUGUUGGAGGAGGCGUUGGACCAGGAUCGAACUUCCCUGCAGAAGGUGAAGAAAUCAGUGAAGGCGAUCUACAAUUCAGGACAAGACCACGUCCAGAAUGAAGAGAACUAUGCCCAGGCUCUGGACAAAUUUGGCAGCAACUUCAUCAGCCGGGACAACCCCGACCUGGGAACGGCCUUCGUCAAGUUCUCCUCCCUCACCAAGGAGCUGUCAGCCCUACUGAAGAACCUGCUCCAGAGCCUCAGCCACAAUGUGAUCUUCACUCUGGACUCACUGCUGAAGGGCGAUCUGAAAGGCGUGAAAGGGGACAUAAAGAAGCCCUUCGACAAGGCAUGGAAGGACUACGAGGCUAAGUUUACAAAGAUCGAGAAGGAGAAGCGAGAGCACGCCAAGCAGCACGGGAUGAUCCGGACGGAGAUCACCGGGGCUGAAAUCGCUGAGGAGAUGGAGAAGGAGCGGCGUCUCUUCCAGCUCCAGAUGUGCGAGUACCUGAUCAAAGUAAAUGAGAUCAAGACCAAGAAGGGAGUGGACCUCCUCCAGAACCUGAUUAAGUAUUACCACGCACAGUGCAAUUUCUUCCAAGAUGGCUUGAAGACAGCGGAUAAGCUGAAGCAGUACAUCGAGAAGCUGGCAGCUGAUCUCUACAAUAUCAAACAAACUCAGGAUGAGGAGAAGAAGCAGCUGACUGCCCUGCGGGAUCUGAUCAAGUCCUCCCUCCAGCUGGACCAGAAGGAGUCUAGAAGAGACUCGCAGAGUAAGCAGGGUGGCUACAGCAUGCACCAGCUGCAGGGGAACAAGGAGUUUGGCAGUGAGAAGAAAGGCUACCUGCUGAAGAAGAGUGAUGGGUUGAGGAAGGUGUGGCAGAGGAGGCAGUGUUCAGUGAAAGGGGGCAUGCUCACCAUCGCUCAUGCCACGUCCAACAGGCAGCCAGUCAAACUCAACCUGCUCACCUGCCAGGUCAAACCCAGUCCUGAAGACAGGAAGUGCUUCGAUCUCAUCUCUCACAACCGGACAUAUCAUUUCCAGGCUGAAGAUGAGCAAGAGUUUGUCAUUUGGAUCUCAGUGCUGACCAACAGUAAGGAGGAGGCUUUGAACAUGGCAUUUCGUGGCGAACAGAGCAGCGGCGGCGAGGACGGUUUAGAGGACCUGACCAAAGCCAUCAUAGAAGACGUGCUGCGCAUGCCGGGCAAUGAAGUCUGCUGCGACUGCGGAGCUGCAGAUCCUAAAUGGCUGUCCACCAACCUGGGGAUCCUGACCUGCAUCGAGUGCUCCGGCAUCCACCGAGAGAUGGGGGUUCACAUCUCCCGCAUCCAGUCCAUGGAGCUCGACAAGCUAGGGACCUCAGAACUCUUGCUGGCCAAGAACGUAGGGAAUAGUAGUUUCAAUGAGAUCAUGGAGGGAAACCUUUCUUCCCCUUCACCAAAGCCCACUCCAUCCAGUGACAUGACGGUGAGGAAGGAAUUCAUCAAUGCUAAGUAUGUGGACCACAAGUACGCAAGGAAGACGUGCACAUCCGCGGCAGCUAAAAUGAUCGAGCUGUUUGAGGCAGUCCAGUCCAGGGACCUGCUGGCCCUCAUCCAGGUCUAUGCAGAGGGGGUGGAGCUAAUGGAGCCGCUCCCGGAGGUGGGGCCGGAAGCCGGAGAGACAGCACUGCACUACUCUGUACGGACUGCUGACCAGACCUCGCUGCAUUUGGUGGACUUCCUUGUGCAGAACAGUGGUAACUUGGAUAAGCAGACGGAGUGGGGGAACACUGCCCUGCAUUACUGCUGCAUGUACGAGAAGCCCGAGUGCCUCAAGUUACUCCUGAGGGGCAAGCCGGCUACCGAUAUCCCCAAUCAGAACGGAGAGACGGCGCUGGAUGUUGCCAGGCGACUGAGGAACACUCAGUGCGAGGAGGCACUUGUGCAGGCGGCAGAGGGGAAGUUCAACCCUCACAUCCAUGUGGAGUACGAGUGGAGCCUCAGACUGGAGGAGAUGGACGAGAGCGACGACGACCUCGACGAUAAGCCCAGUCCCAUCAAGAAGGACCGCUCUCCGAGGCCUCAGAGCUUCUGCCACUCCUCCAGCCUCUCCCCACACGACAAGCUCUCUCUGCCGGGCUUCAUCAGCCAGAGGGACAAGCAGCAGCGUCUGUCUUACAGCGCCUUCACCAACCAGAUGUACAGCGCCUCCACUGACCUCACCUCCUCCCCUGUGGCUGACGGCCCGCCUCUGCCACCCAGGAACCAGGGCAAAGCUCCUACCCCAUCUGGCCCUCCCUCUACACUCACACCAGGAGGCAGCUCCACCCUGUCCAAGAAGAGGCCUCCGCCCCCACCUCCUGGACACAAACGCACCCUGUCUGACCCACCCAGCCCGCUCUCUCACAGUCCACUCAAUAAAGGGGGCUUAACUGGGGGGAGCGACUCCACCCCUCCUCCUGUCAGCAAGAUGUCUCCUGUUUCUAACAAGUUUGAAGGAAUUCCUCAGCAGCAAAGCACUACUUCAAGCAACACAAAGUCUACACUUGGUCCAAGGGUUCUUCCCAAACUACCUCAAAAAGUGGCACUGCGGAAGAUUGACACCAUACACCACCCAUCUAUGGAUAAGUCCAGCCAUCCUCCAGAGGUCUUCCAGAAGUCACCGCCAGCAACCGACACCCCGCAGAAGACCCCUCUGGCGGACAGGCCUCAGCCGGGAGACCUGCCCCCAAAGCCGCAGCCGUCUGAGCUUCCUCCGAAACCUGGAGAACUUCCCCCGAAGCCACAGCUCUCUGACCUCCCUCCUAAACCUCAGCUGGGAGACCUCCCGCCCAAACCCCAGCUCAAAGACCUGCCUCCCAAGCCUCACCUCUCUGACAUCCCCCCCAAACCUGGAACAGCCGAAUCCGCUCCCAGGCCGCCUCCUGGAGAGACGGUGCAAAGGCCUCAGACGCAACCGCCACCCCCGCCUCAAACUCAACCUCAAACUCAACCUCAACCGCAGCCUCAGCCACAGGACUCACCGUCACCUAAUCAGCAGGCGACUAUAGGGACCCCCAUACAACAAGCUGCUGAAGACACCAAUGGGACCCCAGCAGGGACUGCAGAGACUCCAGUACCACUACCGAGGAAGAUCAACACGGGGAAGAGCAAAGCCCGCCGGGUGAAGACGAUCUACGACUGCCAGGCUGACAACGAUGACGAGCUGACUUUCGCCGAAGGAGAGGUGAUCAUAGUUACAGGAGAAGAGGACCAGGAGUGGUGGAUCGGGCACAUUGAAGGAGAUCCGGAAAGAAAAGGGGUGUUCCCCAUGUCUUUUGUGCACAUCCUGAGUGACUGACAGCCAGAAAGACUUGCACUACGCCUCUCCCUACAUUGGGAGGUCCUGUAAAUAGCUAUCAUAACACCCCCUUGUCAGAUGACAAGUGUCCUAAAGAAAAAAAAAAAAACAACGAAGAAGAAACCCAAGAAGGCUCAUCUAGCCAUGGAUGCCUCAUCCAUGCUGUACAAAGAAUGUGUGUAUUCUUCCUUUACCAGUAUUAUCUUAACCCUAUAGCACGGCUGAGACGAAGCCACUCUCAAAACCCUAGCACUUACCUAAAGUCUAUGUUUAUGCUGUUACUGUGUAUAUAUGUAUGUAAAUAUAUAUAUUUGUGUGUGAGUGUAUAUACAUGUUUUAUUGUACAAAACAUGUACCAUUGCUCUCUCUACCUGUCAGAUUAAGCAUCGGGGCGGUAGAGUUUGAAUUUUAUCUGUAUUAAUUUUACUGGCCCUCAAGUAAUUAUCAGCUUAUAUUUCUGGAAAAAGGACAAAUAAGAGAUGGAAUGUGAAAUAGGUCAUGUCACUAUUUGUGUCUUGCAUCCCUGUUUACCACCAUAAUUGACUGAAGAGGCAGGAGUCUCCCACUGAUCUUCCCGAGGUGAAAAGAUUUUCAUUAAAUGUACUCCUUGUUCUUGCUUGCUUUGUGUGUACACGUAUUAUGGUUGUUUUACAGUAUAGAAACCUGCUGCUACUGUGUGGUGGAUUAUCAAAGCCUGUGGUUCACUGUAGGUCACUAAUUUACUCCUUGUUACACUGUUCACUGUAUGUAUGCUCCGUGCGUGAACUUGACGCCAUCUCCACAGUCCUUUGACCAUUUCUGUGCAUGGUGUAACAAUGACUGGAAUUGAGUGGAGUGCUGCAUUCAAAGACGCUCACCUCAGGGUUUGAAGAGCCACUAUUAAUCGAGCAGGACUACACAAAAGGGUAUCCUGUUGUUAAAGCCACUAUUAAGUACGGGGAAAACUCAAGAGGACAUCUUAGCAAUAACUUGAUUUUCUGACAGGCUACAACUUUCACAUUAACCUGUGUUCACGAUUCAGUGUCUUGUAAAACCUCAUGAGCUUGAAAUUUUUAAGUUGGAAUCAUGUUAAUAUCAUUCCAUGUUACUGGAUUCAGUACUUUUCCAGGUUUGCCUGUGAGCCAGAGAUGUCUUUUAGAAGUGGACUUUGUAAACGGCCGGAGAGCCGACGUAUUCUCACCCAGUCCUCACUGACUUGCAGUUCUUCCCAUGUUAAGGAACAAACCCAUCAACCCAUUGUAUCAUUAAAAGUGCUGUACUUCAA